AUGAGCUAUAAGCUAGGAAGUGUUAAUUGUUGUUUUCUCCUUGUAUUUGAGAGCUGUGUACUCCAUAUUAAAAUAGUGAGAUCCUUCUACCCCGUGGUUUUUCCCUUCUAUCAUUUAGAGGGGUUUCCAUGUAAAAUUCUCGUGUCUAAUUUAUUUUCAUUAUUUUCAUCAUAUCAAACUUUAGUUGUGGUGCUUCCUCCCCAACAGGAAACUCUAGAUUUGUUGGAAAGGAUGACAGAAGGAGAUCUAGAAAUUUACCUUCGUAAUCUUUUAAAAGAAGGCAAAUACCUUGUGGUGGUUGAUGAUGUAUGGCAGAGAGAAGCAUGGGAGAGUCUGAAAAGAGCAUUCCCAGAUAGCAAGAAUGGCAGCAGAGUUAUUAUUACCACUCGCAAAGAGGAUGUCGCUGAAAGAGCAGACGACAGAGGUUUUGUCCAUAAACUUCGUUUCCUAUGCCACGAAGAAAGUUGGGAUCUCUUUUGUAGGAAACUACUUGAUGUUCGAGCAAUGAUUCCAGAAAUGGAAAGGUUAGCUAAAGACAUGGUGGAAAAGUGUGGAGGCUUACCUCUUGCCAUUGCUGUAUUGAGCGGAUUACUUUCUCAUAAAAGGGGGCUAGACGAAUGGCAAAAGGUGAAAGAUCACCUUUGGAAGAACAUUAUUGAAGAUAAAUAUAUUGAAAUCUCCAACAUACUAUCAUUAAGCUACAACGAUUUGUCAACUGCACUCAAGCAGUGUUUUCUCUACUUUGGUAUUUUUCCAGAAGAUCAAGAGGUCGAUGCUGAAAACAUAAUACGGCUGUGGAUGGGGGAGGGUUUCAUACCAAAUGGAGAAGAAAGAAUGGAGGAUGUCGCUGAAGGCUUCUUGAAUGAGUUGAUAAGACGAAGCUUGGUUCAAGUUGCUGAUACAUUUUGGGAAAAAGUUGUUUCAUGUAGAAUUCAUGAUUUACUUCGUGAUCUUGCCAUACAAAAGGCAUUGGAGGUAAACUUCUUUGACAUUUAUGAUCCAAGAAAGCACUCCAUUUCAUCCUUAUGUAUCAGACAUGUCAUUCAUGGUCAAGGAAAAAGGUACCUCUCACUUGAUCUUUCUUACUUGAAGUUGAGAUCAAUUAUGUUUUUCGAUCCAGAUUUUCGUAACAUGAGUCCUAUAGAGUUUGGUAAUGUGUUCCAACAUAUAUAUGUGUUGUACUUGGAUAUUCGUGGUCAAACUAUUUCUUCUGCCAUAGGAAGUUUGUACCACCUCAAGUUCUUAAGAUUGACAGGUAUCCAUAAGCUUCCCUCUUCCAUUGGCAACCUCAAGAAUUUACAGACACUUCAUGUCAAUUAUUAUCAAAUCUCAUGCCAGCUACCCCGGGAGACAGCUGACCUAAUAAAUCUAAGACAUUUAGUUGCUUCGUAUUCAAAACCUCUGGAACGUAUAAACAAACUCACUAGUCUUCAAGUUCUUGAUGGUAUUGCUUGUGAUCAGUGGAAAUAUGUUGACCCUGUUGAUUUAGUCAAUCUUCGAGAAUUACUCAUGUAUAAAAUUACCAAAUCUUACACCCUAAAUAACAUUAGUAGCUUGAUAAACCUUACCGCUCUCAAAUUGUUUUGUGACUCUGAUGAAUCAUUCCCAGCCAUUGAAUUUCUUAUUUCUUGUCAAAAGCUCCAGAAAUUGUGGUUAAAAGGUAGAAUAGAGAAACUGCCUCUGUUUCCAAAUUCCAUCACAAUGAUGCUUCUUUGGGACUCAAAGCUCAUGGAAGAUCCGAUGCCUAUUUUGGGAAUGCUGCCAAACCUAAGGAAUCUCAUUUUGGAUAGAGCUUAUGAAGGAAAAGAAAUUACGUGCAGUGAUAACAGCUUCAGUCAACUGGAGUCCCUUAGUCUUGAUAAUCUUAAGAACCUUGAAAGAUGGCAUUUAGCCACAAGUGCCAUGCCUCAUAUUAAAGGUGUUGGUAUCCAGGAUUGUAGAAAGCUGAAGGAGAUUCCAGAGAGAAUGAAAGACGUGGGGAGAUGUUGAGCAGAUAUUAUAAAUCAGGUUCAUGAAGUUGUCUUGUCCAAGCAUCAAUCAACUUAAUAGAUUUUUUUUCAAUGUUUCAUUUCUUUUUGUGCUUUGUUUUAGUGUGUGGAAUUAGUUCGAAGAGUACUUUUCGGAUU